AUGGAACCGCCGCCUCCAGUGCGCGAAGAUAGGCGCUUCACAACCCCAGACGCCCGCAGCAUUGCCUAUGAGAUCAGAGGAGACCUUGCUGCGAAGCACGUUGUCUUCUGGAACCACGGUAUCAUCUCCAGCAGGCACGCUCCUGAGCCAGCCGUUCAAUCAGUCACUGACAUUGCUUCCAGCCAAGCCGGCAAGGGGCACCAGCAGUCUCCUGACACCUGGGCAAUGAUGUCAUGCAUGCGCUGUCACAGGUAUGAGGUCAUGUCGACAGAUGAGGAUCUGCUGGGGGAAUUGGACAUGGUGCUCAUCGGCGUCGACCGGCCUGGCUAUGGCGGCAGCGACCCGCACCCCAACAGGACUUUCAGGAGCUACGCGGAGGAUUUGGGGGGCCUGGCGGACCACCUGAAGGCCCCCCAGUUUUUUGUGGUGGGGGUGUCGGGGGGAGGCCCCUACGCGUACGCGGCCGCGCACUUCCUGCCGGACCGAGUGCGCGGCGUCAUGACGAUCAGCACCCUUGCUCCCGCCAACAUGAUGACGGCGGAGGAGGAGGCGAGGCAUUUUGCAGAGAUGGAUUCGGUGGGCGAGACGCUGGCGCGGCUGUUCCGGCGGCACCGGUCUCUGGCGCGCACCGUGCGCUCGGCCGCGCAGUCAGCCGCCGGCGGCCGGGCGCUGUUCCACGCGUUCCUGCAGCCGCUCGCCAGCAACUGCCUCCGCCUCAUGGCCGAGAAUGACAGGCACGAGGAGCAUCGGGAGUACACAGAGCUGAUAGUGCCGGAGAGCUUGCGGCAGCGCACGGCAGCCAUGUUCUUUGACGACGUAUGGCUCUUCGAGCAGCCCUGGGAGUUUGACGUGCGCGCAAUCCGGCCGGACAUUCAGCGCAGCACUCACAUCUGGCACGGCACCGGAGACAAGCAGGUUCCCUGGGUGGCAGCAAAUGUGCUGCACCGGCUGAUGCCGGCAGCGCAUUUGCACCUAGUGGAUGGCGGGGGACACUUUGCUUACUACGUCUGUGACAAGAAGACGCAGCGGCAGGCUCUUGAGAGUCUUCUCAAGUCGGGCGCCAAGCUCAAAGAGGAUGCAAGGCCCCCCAUCAUCAUGCACAACCCAAACAUCUGAAUAUUAGGAACAGCUCGGUGAGCAACAGAGCAAUCGGCUCAAAUUUGGGCCCCUUGAUUCAUCUUCUCAUAUGAAUGGAUCAACUCUUCUUUAGCAUACGAGGUAUGUCAUCUCUGUUGCUUUUCAUUCUGUAGAUCCAGGACUCUGAAUAUCAAGUAGAGGUGUCCGUGGUGUCCUCCUUUGUAGUAGACUAGGUAUGAUCUGAAAGUGUAGCAUUUUCUCUACAUCGUAAGAAUGUGCUCUUCAGCUGUUUCCCGGCAAUCCUAUUUUCCGGCACUGAGCCAGCUAGGUAGUUUUAGGACUCGGGAAACCUUGCAGCUCUGGUGCCAGCCUAUGCUGCCAGCACUCAUGACCCAAUCGGCAGCAGUUUUUCAGGUGUCAGGAUGAUCUCUGCUUGUGCAGACGGGCAAUUUCCAUCGGUCUUCUACACAGGGCCAAAAGCAAAGCACCCUAGCAUGCAGUGGGAAACAAAGAGUGCAAUAUUAAAGCCCAGCCGGGCUCUGAUUGUAUACUACUGAUCCAAAGGCCAGCAUGUGAAAUGGGUACAACUUGAGAGGUGUUUCUCUAUCAUGAGAUUCUCAGAGCGCGCUUUACAGAUAAGCUCCAUUCAACACGGUAGCAUGGCUGUAUGGAAAAGCUUGAGAAAUAUCUUUACAAGUGUCUGCACUCAAAUUGCCACAAGGCAGCAUGCUGUGUUCGUCAUUCUUUCCAUUUGUAAGACCUGGUAUGUACCUCCAAAUCCAUCAGCAUUCAUAUGCGCAUGUAAAGAAGCUUCAAUCUGCACGCUAUUCUGCACAGUCUUUGAACUCAACUCUGAAGUGAAAAAUGCACAUGCACCAAGAGAAUCUCCAAUGUGCAGAGUUUUCUGCAAACCACUGGACAUUGAUAACCUGCCCUCAGGAGCACCUCCAAAUCAUCACAGAACAUUUGAUCAAAACCGUUGAAGACACUGUUUGACAAUCCUGAUCUCGGCAAUGCUCACUCUCUCAAAGCAGUGAGGAGAAAGACACGGUCUUCACAAGGUUUCGGCCAUAUGAAACAGACUGCUGUGCAAUUAUGCAGAGCACUACACGCACAAGAACACAGCUCACCACCGCAGAGAGUUGAAGUGCCUGUGACUGUUACUUCUUAUUUCAUCAGACUCCUCUACACCAAAUGCACAAACUGAAUUGGAUGCAGAGGCAUCAAGAUCAGCUGUCUGAGAUGAACAAAACACUUCUGGCAAAGAAGCAGCACAUGAAAGGACUGCACACAGAAGAGAACCUGGCCAGACAAUCAAGCUUUCAUCACUGCAAUAUAACAUCUACAUGAGUAUCACACGCACAAUGCUGCCUUAACACACUCAAAACACAAGCUUCCGCUGCUGCUGAUGCACUGUGGGCUCACUCUGUAGUCUACCUUCUUUCUCUACACCUGAUGAUACCUCUGCAUUGCGCUGCCCUUUUUCUGCUCUGGCAUCUUUUAUGCUGCAACUGCAGUCAGCGGAUGACUUUUCAAUCUGUCCAGUUCUGCAUGCAUGCGCUGAUCUACUUCAAACAAACUUGAGGCCCCACUAACCAGAUCCAAGUUUGACUGCAUCUACUCCUAAUUUGCGGGUCUCCCAAUACAACUAUUGAGUUGUACUUCAGAGGCCCUGUACAGCAAUUCUGCCUUCUACCGAUCCUCACAUGCCACACCAGGUGCCACAUCACCCGCCACAUCUGUUGCACAUCUAUUACCCCUUUUCAAACCAAACGUCAUGACAUGAUCACAUAAUCAUUUCAAGAUCACAUAAACACAUCAUCCUGCCUCUGCCACAUCACCACGUCAGCGCACAGCUUGAGGCGCAUCCACAUCAGCCGCCAUAUAUGUAGCCCCCGCCCCUACUUCAACCACCAUGACAUGAUCACGUGAUGACAUCAUCCGGCGACCGCCACAUCAGCGGCCACGUCAACGC